AUGUCUCAUUCUGCAAUAGGCCUUGGCUUUUAUUCCUCCUCUUCAUCUCCGGCGACGUCGUACGCCACUUCGCCGGUGAUCAUAGCUUUCACGCUCGGCGUCCUCAUAUGUUUCAUCAUAGGUUUCUGCUUCAUCUACUUGUGUCGAUGUUGCUUCGUGAGUCUCCUCUAUUCCUGGGCAUUGCAUCGUCCCACCGCCGAAAACUUCGUCCACCAGAUUCAUUCCCCCACCGGCGCAGCGUCUCCGAUCCGAGGCCUCGACCCGGCGCUUCUUCAAAUCUUCCCAACCUUCCCAUACGCCUCCGUGAAGGAGAUCCAAGGGAAGAAUAACAAAAGCUAUAGCCUAGAAUGCGCCAUUUGCUUGUUAGAAUUCGAGGAGGAUAGCUUCCUUCGCCUCUUGACCGUUUGCUGCCAUGUCUUUCACCAAGAAUGUAUCGAUCUCUGGCUCGAAUCUCACAAGACAUGCCCUGUUUGUCGCAUAGAUCUCGAUUCUUCGUCAAAGGAAAAACGCCCGGAAAACCAGACAAGAAUAGAGCCCUUAACAGAGAAUAAUCACAACAACAACGAGACCCUGAAAUGGCCAGACUUUGUAGUAAAUGUUGCUAUGCUGAAGCCAUAUCAGGCUGCACUACUACUUCCUGCGAGCCUUUAA